GGACGGCGAGCGAUUGGCCAAAGGGAAAUGUCAGCAGCUGGGGAACCGGCUGUCCCAGUCGCGGUGACACGGAGGAAGCCGGGCCUCAAGGGAAUUGUCGCCGGUUGUUGUGGCGCAGUUUGAAACCCCCCUUCGGACUUGGGCCAUCGGUCGCUGAGCCAGGCGCCCGGGGCAGCCGCCGCAGCCGGGGGAGGAUGGAGACGGGCAGAGUCUGGCGGAGGCCCCGGUGCUGAGAGAGUGGCUCAGCCCCAGUUAUGAUCCACUUUCAUAAGUGAGCUGCAUUGGCUGGUUGGAGUGAAUAUAUAAUAAUGAGUGGAGCAGCUUUGGGUAUCGAGAUAAUAUUUGUCUUUUUUCUGGCUUUAUUCAUACUUCAUCGGUAUGGAGACUUCAAGAAACAACAUAGACUUGUGAUCAUAGCAACACUGCUGGCUUGGUAUCUCUGCUUUCUUAUAGUAUUUAUAUUGCCUCUGGAUGUUAGUACGACUAUAUACAAUCGAUGCAAACUUGCUGUUAACUCCAGCCCACCAGAAAGCAGCAGCAGCAACAACAUCAAUGGAUCUUACCCUACUUCCGCUCCAAGAAAACAUAAGUGUUUCAUACCAUGGAGUUAUAUCCCUGAUGGAAUUAUGCCAAUCUUCUGGCGUGUAGUAUACUGGACAUCACAGUUCUUAACCUGGAUACUCUUACCUUUCAUGCAGUCAUAUGCUAGAUCAGGAGGGUUCUCCAUUACUGGAAAGAUUAAAACUGCAUUGAUUGAGAAUGCAAUCUAUUAUGGCACUUACUUGCUGAUUUUUGGAGCAUUUUUAAUAUAUGUGGCUGUGAAUCCAAAUUUCAAUCUACAAUGGAACCAGCUUCAAACAAUUGGGAUAGCAGCUGCCAACACCUGGGGUCUUUUCCUUCUUGUAUUGUUGUUGGGGUAUGGUUUGGUGGAAAUUCCACGUUCUCACUGGAAUGGAGCAAAAAGGGGAUACCUUCUUAUGAAGACUUAUUUCAAGGUUGCCAAACUGAUGACUGAAAAAGCAGAUGCAGAGGAGAACUUAGAGGAUAUUAUGGAGGAAGUCCGUAAAGUGAAUGAGAGUAUCAAGUAUAAUCACCCUUUGAGAAAAUGUGUUGAUACAAUAUUGAAAAAGUGUCCUACUGAAUACCAGGAAAGAAUGGGUAGGAACAUGGAUGACUAUGAAGAUUUUGAUGACAGGCAAAACAACUAUCCAAGUGAGAAAAGUCUGGUCAAACUUCACAAACAGGUAAUUUAUUCAGUUCAGAGACACCGUCGUACACAGGUGCAGUGGCGAAUUCUUUUAGAACAAGCAUUCUACUUGGAGGAUGUUGCGAAAAAUGAAACCAGUGCAACUCGUCAGUUUGUUCAUACUUUUCAGUUCCAAGAACCUGAAAACAGAAUUACCCGAUAUUUCUACACACCAACUGUUGAAUGGUACUGGGAAUGUCUCCUUCGGCCAUGGUUUUACAGAAUUCUUGCUAUUGUUUUGGCCACAUUCUCUGUAAUUGUUGUGUGGUCAGAGUGCACAUUUUUCAGCACUAAACCUGUUCUGUCCUUGUUUGCUGUCUUCAUACAACUGGCAGAAAGAACGUACAACUAUAUUUACAUAGAGAUGGCUUGCUUCCUUACCAUCUUCUUCUUAAGUAUCUGUGUUUACUCAACUGUCUUCAGGAUUCGUGUAUUUAAUUAUUAUUAUUUAGCUUCGCACCAUCAGACUGAUGCAUACAGUCUCCUUUUCAGUGGCAUGUUAUUCUGCCGUUUAACACCACCACUGUGUCUGAAUUUCUUGGGUUUGACUCACAUGGAUUCAUCAAUCUCUCACAAAAACACUCAGGCAACUGCAUAUACAUCAAUAAUGGGCUCCAUGAGAGUGUUAUCUUUCAUUGCAGAUGGGUUUUAUAUAUAUUAUCCCAUGCUGGUUGUCAUUCUCUGUAUUGCCACUUACUUCAGCUUAGGAACUCGUUGUUUGAAUCUGCUGGGGUUCCAACAGUUCAUGGGAGACAAUGAGAUGACCUCUGACUUCAUUGAUGAAGGAAAGGAGUUAAUCAGAAGAGAAAAAAGAAAACGGCAAAGGCAGGAAGAAGGUGAAAAUAGAAGAAGGGAAUGGAAAGAGCGAUAUGGAAACAGCCGAGAAGAUUCCACUAGAAAUAGAAAUGUUCACGCAGACCAAAAAGAAUCUAGUUUCUCAGAGACCAACGCAAGCAGACCCGUGUCUAAGUAUACCAGGUCAAAUGGCAGGACCGAAAGGGAUAGAAUAGAACUCCUCCAAGAUGCAGAACCUUUGGAUUUUAAUGCGGAUUCAGUUAGUGAUGAUCCUCUUGAUCAUCCUCUUGACUCAGGAAGGUAUCAGUCUGGUGGAAGGUAUUUAUCAAUGUCACGAAGCCGAAUAUUUGAUGAUGUCUGAUCCCUUCAUAGCUUAUGAAAACUUAAUAGAAAUCAAAGUCUGCUACACAUUAUUUGGAAAACACUGUUUGUAACAUUUCUGAACCAAAAAAGACCUUUUUCUUUAAUAAUAAAAUUGUGGAAAAUAAAGGAACAAUAAUAGUUAGAAAUGCACCUUGUAUAAUAACUCACUUAUCAUGGGCUAGAGUAUACUUGUAUUAACAGGCAUUGUUACACAGGGUGGGGUGUUUUGUUUUGUUUUGUUCUUGGGGAGGCGAUAAAAUGAUUUAAAAAACCCUUGUUUAGUUAGCUAAAGGUGAAUAUAGACUAAAUUUUUGUACAUGCAAAUAGGGCUCAAAUUGAACUGUAACUUAAGGUUUUGGGAUGGAUAUUUUGUUGGUUUUUGUUUUGUUUUUAGUUUUGGAAGGAAUGUUUUUUUAAAAGAUGCUCUGAGAAAUAUAAUGUAGUUUUUAGUCAUCCUGAAGUGAAGUUAAAUGAAUUACUGUAUUACAUACUGUUAUUAAACAUCUUGCGAUUUGAAUUUUUCGCCUGAAUCAGAGUCCACUGAGGUGAAAAGUCUUCCAUUGACUUCAGUGGCCUUUGGAUCAGGCCCUUUAUGAGUAGAAUGGAUCGAAUGGCAAUUCUGCAUACAUGCGCUGGCAUAAAAUGUGGAAGGCUUACACAUCAGUCAUAGAAUUUGGAAUUUUUUCUUUCAAUAUUAUAUGCAGAUAAAUGGUAGCAUGUGUAAUUAAGGUUAAAUAUAAACAUAACUAUUUUUGCUAUCACUGUCAUUCAAGCAUGUGUGCAAUGACAGGAAUGCAUCUGGUGGCUGUUUAAGAAGACUUUUUACAGUAGUAGCAGUUGAAAAUCUUGGUGUAAGAAAUUUUAAUGUGAAAUUUAUCAGUUUUAAAUUUUAAAUGUUACAGUUUUUCACAAACUUCUAGCACAGUGUAAAACUCCUGGAGCUUUCCAUUUGAAGAAGUGAACUAUGUAGCAUGAAUCAUUAUUGGAAAAUGCUUUUGACAUCCGAACUGCACUGCCUUGCGUAAGGUAUCUGUGUUUUUCAAAGUGCCUAUAUUUUGCAAUAAUUAGGCUCUUCAUUGCAAAAAGAAGAAAUGCUUAUUCAUGCAAAUAAACACGAUCAAAAAUGCCAAUGAAAAACAGUGGAAAAAAUUCUGUCAUGCAAAUGAUUUUUUUGGGGAAAUAUGCUCAACUUAAAUUUUGCUUUGUUUGCAAUUUUCAGCCAAAGUUAGGUUUUAAGUUGACAUUUUUUAAUCAUUUAGGAGUUUUCUCAUUGCAAAAUGAUGGUGAAAGCUGAAGCAUUAGAUCUCAUAACUAUUUUUCUUUUUCAUAAUUGAAAGAUGGGCAACUCCUAAAGCAUCUAGAAAUGGGGUUACACUGAAAAAUAGGUUUUCAUGGAUGAGGUAUUCCAUUUAGUAAUAGUCUGUUUUCUAAAAUCUAUGUUGUUGUGAUUCUAACCUGCUUUAAUGAAUAAUAAUUCAGAAGUUCAGAAACUGCUACUUGUAGUGUAUUCUCUGCUUAUUUACAAUGGUUUGAGUAACUAUUUUGAAGGAUAGUGAAAUUCUAGUCCACUUCUAUAGAACCCAUUACAUAAAUAGACAUAUAAUAGCAGAUUAACUCUGAAUCCUUUCUUUAGAUACAUGUACUGUUCCUACUGAAAUCAGUGGGAACCUCAUUUGCAUCCAAGCACAUAAAUUAUCUCUUAAAAGUGGGCCUGGGAGAAUUUUUUUCAAAAUGUGUUCUGGAGUUUGGGGAGUUCCUGCUCUUGUGUGUGUUUUUUAACUUUAGAAAUCCAGGACUUGUGUGCCCUGGAAGACUGAUCAUUGGAGAACUAAUGACAGCACCAAAGACUAAAAGCUGAACAAUUGAGAGGAAAGAAAUUUUUAUUCAGACUGUUUAAAAGUUUGUCGGUCUUUAUGUUAACACCUGUUUAACUCCAAUAAGAAACAUUUUGGAGAAAGGAUCUUUAUUAAAUUCUCUCUAUCCCUCGUCUUCAAUCAAAGUAUGAUUACUGAAAAUACACAGGCUCUUCGGCACAUUCUCCUCCUCUUUUAAGUCUUCCAGCAAAACCAUAUGAGACUAGAUUUGGCAUUCUUAUAUUUUUUAUUUUAAAAACAAUGAUACCAAAAGACCUGAAAGUUUGUUUUUAAACUUCAUAAAGAAGCCCUCCCAACAUCCCCAAAAAGCACAAGCUCUUCAUUAAUGCAUUACAAGUCACAUUGAAGGGGAUCUGUUCUUCGUUCCACUGCUGUUAAGGAGAGAGAGAGAAUAAACUUCAUAGAAGGAAUACUGGAUACUCAUGAAGAGCCUGAUCCAGUUGGCAUUGUGCAAGUAGAACCUAGCCCUAAUGAGAGCUGCUCUUGCUAUCAUUUAAGUCAAUGGAAGUUUUCUUUGACUUCAGUGAGAACAUGGUCAGACCCGUAUAAUAAGAACAUUAACUAGACCCCAUGUCUGGAUUCCCACUGAUAAUUUUCAAAGUGGAGCAUAAGCAUUUAGCCAGGUGAUUCUAAUGUUAAUGGGACUCCAGUGACUAAAACACAGAUCCCAACAUGGAAUUUUAACCCCCUAACUGUGGUGGGAAUUUCUUAAGUUUUGUGGUCUACUCCAGGUGAUGGUGCAAUUAACUGAUUGUCUAGGGAUUGUCCGUAAAGCACAGGAGUAGUUGCAUCACUGAUAGGAUGUUUGGUAUUAAAAUGUUGCUUUCAGAGUUUCCCUAGGUUUUGAUUGUUAGCUAAAUGAAUGGGGUGAGAUCCUGAUACCACUGAAGAUAAUGGCAAAACUCGAAUUGACUUUUAAAACCAACAGUUGGAUUUUUAAUAAACAUUCUUGUACUAAUUAAUUUACACUCUGUUUGAAAAAGAAUCCUGUAUGGUUUCCUGUAAAUGUAAACUUGGAAGAUUUAUCAGUGUUACCAUUUUGUGAGCGGACACAAUUGUGUAAGUACAUACUGUUUACUGAUAUAGUAAUUUAUUUUACUUGAUAAAUCUCAAAAAUAUGUACAUAUUAUGUUCCUGCACCACUCACUCAAAAUUAGAAAGUCCAAAAAAAUGGCAUUGUAAACUGUACUGUGAUUGGGAGAUUGAACAAUAAUAACAUGUAUUUAUGCUGCCACUACAUAAACAUAUGCAACUAAAGAGUAUGUAAAUCAUAUUUUCUUAUAAACUAAAAUAUCAUUAUAUUAAAUUACAAGUAAUAUACACUUCCUAUCUUGCAUCAUGUUUUUCACACUGCUUGAUUUAUAAUUGUGAAAUAUGCCAAAAAAGUAGCAAGUUAAAUAGAAACUAUGUUUGGAUGCUGUCAUGUCAGUGAUAUACUAGAAAACCCAUGCAAAUUUUGAAUAAUUUUUUUAAAAAUCAGAAUGCGCAACAUAACUACACUAAUAAUCCAGAAGUGUUGUUUUGUUUUGUUUUUUUAAAGUAUGGGUAGAGAAACUGUUACACCUAAUUAAACGUAAUGUCUUUGCUAGACUUGCAAAUCUGUAUUAUCAGAUGUUUAAAAAUGUGUGUAGAAAUAGCUACAUUCUGAAGUGAAUUGUGUGCACUUUACUUAUAUUUGGUCUGGCUUGUAGCAUUUAAAUGUAGGAUAUCAUUUAACAAUUUGGGGAGGAACUAUAGAACUUCGUUUUUACUGUAUAUUAAUACCAAUAUCUAAUGUUGGGGCUCGGAAGAUAUAACAUGUUAUCCCUGAGGUACGAUUUUAAAGUGCUAAGGAAAAAGUCCUUUUGGAACAAACCUUAUACUGCUGUAAUUCACACUACUGAAGAAUGCUUAAUGUCUCCUGCAUUUGUUUAAUCAAAUAGACAUGUAAAUGUAAGUAGCUAUGAUUACAGUAAUAAGAGGACUGGAGAAAAGCUGCUAUUUUUUUCACUAUUUAUGUUCUUACUAUUGCAAAACACAGCCCUAACAAUUAUUUAUACAAUUGAAGGUGUAAUAAUGGUGUUUUUCUACUCCAAUUCAGUGUAAUUAUGGUAACCUGUACUUUUAUUAAAUUAAACCUGGAAUAUUGUAGCUGUUCCAUGAGAACAAGUGAAGGUUUCCUGUUCUUUUCUUUCACUAUCACUGUUAAUUACUUGAGACCUAAUGUGCACUUAAAAUAUUAGAGAUCAUUUUAUGAAGUAAUGAUUUUUCUGAAGCUUAUGAAAGUAGUUUUCAUUGAUAUAUCAUUUGAUUAUAAUGAAUGAAUCAAUCUUAACAGUUAACAAAAAAACACUAGUUUUGAUGCUCUGUAUAUUCAGUGUCCUAGCAUUUAAUUUCUCUAAAAUGCAAGAAAGUCAUUGCAAUUUUUACAGAAUAUCUUUUUGUAAAUAAUAGAUUGUAACAUUUUGAUUGAGAUUUUUAAAUCCCCUUUCUCUAAUGUGCUGUGGAGGGAUAUCUACUGCCUCACAGCAGUACUAUGCCAAUACUACUUGUGCCCCUAGCAGAUUAGUCUAAUCUGAAGUUGAGACACUCCUACAUUUCUUCAUUCCCUUAAUAUGGACCAACCAUUACCAAUGAAACAGUUACACCUUGAACCAAACCCUCACUCUACUGUAUUAAUGAACUGUUGGUAUGAAUUAUGCUGUAUUACAUCCAGUAACUUUUGUUUGUUAUAAAGCAAGAUUAGCGAUUAUUCUUUGAAACUUCUAAUGUAAUAGGGUGUGCUCCUCACCAUGUUAAUGUGUCUAACUAGAUUGUAACAUGUAAGCAAUGCCAAUUUUCAACUUUUGGUUAUUACUUCAUGACUAUGUCUUAUUAGAUGACAUACUCGUAUGAAAUGUAGUAACUGGAGAAUGGUGUCUCAGAAUUUUUCUCUCUCAAAACUCUUACUUGAAUACUUUCAUUCCUAUAGACCAGCUGUUCUCAAACUGUGAGUCAGGACCCCAAAGUGGGUUGUGACCCCUUUUUAAUGGGGUCGGUAGACUUGCUGGGCCCCAGGGCUGAGGGCCGAAGCCCGAGCCCCACCACCUGGAGCUGAAACCCAAGGGCUUCAGCCCUGGUGGUGGGGCUCAGGUUUUGGCUUCAGCCCUGGGCAGCGGAGCUCAAGUUAUAGGCCCCCCCGUCCAGGGCUGAAGCUCUUGGGCCUCAGCUUUGGCCCCAUCACUUGGGGCGGUGGGGCUCAGGCUUUACCCUCCUGCCUGGGGCGGUGGGGCUCAGGUGUGCUUAGGCUUCGGUCACCCUCUCCUGGGAUCGUAUAGUAACUUUUGUUGUCAGAAGUGGGUCACGGUGCAAUGAAGUUUGAGAACCCCUGGUAUAGACAUAAGUGGAAGGGCAGGGAAUUAAUUUAUUUCUGUUGGUACCACUUGAGUAAUUGCAGACCUUAUUCCAUUUUCAAAUGUGUAUCAAGAAUAGGCUGUAGGAGUGCUGCUUAUGGAUAGACUAGCUUUUUGCCUUAUGAUACAAGUAUAAGUGUGCAUAAUUUCAUGCUGUGUUGUUUUGACCCUCACUGAAUUGCAGUUGUUUUUGUGUAGUGUUCUAAAUUAUUGAUGUACUGGAUAUAUUUUUUAAUCGUCUGUUUGAAUAUCUAGUGAAAUAAAAUUGUUUGCAUGAAAUAAAAUGCAUUUCUCAAUA